GAAGCCGAUGAGUGCGACUGCGGGGUGUGCGACGACAGCGAUUGCUUCGGCCUCUUCGGGAUGGAGUUCGAUGAGCAGGAGCUGACUACCAUCCUCGUCUCCCUGGACUCCCAGGACGAGGAGCACAUCUUGGGCGUUUUCGCAGAGGUGACGCCCCCGCAGCGUCGCAGGACGUGGGCAGAGGCCAGGCAGCUCAACACCAACAGUCGUGUGGACAGGGAUUUCUUCGAUCGACGCAAGAACACGAAGAAGGUCACCAGGGACGAUUUCAAGAAGAGGAAGCCGUGCCGAAGUAAAGCAGAUCGCCUGAAGUCUGAGUCAUCUCGACCGGCUGCAGCCGGAAAGGGGCAGGACAAGAAACCGGUGCAGUCUUCGUUCUAUUUCAACCUGGAGCACGGGUCGAGCGCUCACUCCGGGACGAGCUGGACUGCGAUCUUCCAUGAGGCGGGCCAGGUGGGGCCGCUCAUGGACACCGCGGGCACGACGAUCGCGGGCCACGUGGGCCAGCGGUCGCCAUCUCCGGGCCAGGUGGACUUAGAGAUGCUCGCGGCGGCUACGUUGCAGGACAUGGACGAGCACUGGUGGACACGGCGGCUGGACAGGCGUUGA